AUGCUGCUCCUUUUUGCGGCCGCCUCACCCACUGCGCUUCUCGGCACCCGCCCGGGGCUCGCGUGCUCCUCCGCGCCCCCGGUCGCCCGCUCGGCGCCGCCCUUCCUCCGCUCCGACCCGCCGCACGCGGCGCCGCUCGCGCGACUUCCGCAAGAGGACGCUCUCCCUCAGUCCAAGCGCAGGCGGCUGCAGCGGGCGGCGGCGUGGGUGCGUCGCGGCCUUUCGGACGGCGUCGCCGACAUCCUCGCCGUCGCGCUCACGCGGCGGCGUGUGCGCGACGGCCCGCCGGCGGCGGCGGCGGGCGCUGCGCCGCAGCGGCAGGUGGCGAGGUACUGGGCGCCCUCGCGCGAGCAGGUGGCGCGGCGGCACCGGAUCAUCCGGGAGCUGGUCUGGAUGGACGCGGAGGGGCAGCUGCAGCGCUUCGUCCGCUCGCUCGAGGGUCGGUGGGAGAGGGGCGCCGAGCGGCUCGCCGCAGAGCCCUGGACGGCGGCCGAGGUGCUCACCGAGGCGGUGCAGCAGGUGCAGGGGCAGCUGGCGCGCUCGCUCAAGCCGCGCGACCCGCUCAUCCAGUGGCACCUCAAGACGCUCGACCCGCAGCAGCCGCAGGGCGCCUUCGACGAGUGCGUCCUCGUGCACGGGCGCGAGAGCUGCGCGGCGCGGUACGCAGAGCUACGCGAGGCGCUGCGCUCGGUGAUCCCGUGCUUCGUCGCGCUCAUCUCCGAGGCGGUGCGGCGGCGGCCCGCCCUCGCACACCGCAUCUCCGCGCAGCUGCUGCUCGCCGCCGGCGUGCUCGCUUCGCGCGCCGCCGCCCUCCUCCGCCUCUCUCGCCGGCGGAGGUACGAGAUGCUGACCAACUUCCUCGCAAUCACCAGCGGGCUCGUCGCCGAGUGCCGCGCCGCCGUCGAGGCGCCGAGGGCGCUGCCGGCGGCCGGGGGCGCCGUGCCGCUCGCCAACUUCGGGCCCGAGUCGUCGAUCGCCGUGCAGCCCGUCCUCGAGGGCUCGGGCGCCAUCGACACCGGCGCCGGCGCCGGCGCGGCGGGCGGCGUCUACGUGGCGCGCGGCCGGCAGCAGGGGCACGUUGUGUCCUGGCGCGUGCAGGGCGCUCAGCUGGAGCUAAGCGAGGCGAGCCUGGUGCGGGAGCCCGGCCGCGCCUCCGGUCCCGGCCUCGCGCCCGACCAGGCCGAGCUCGCGCUCCGCUUCCCGGCGCCGCUCGUGCCCGAGGUGAGCCUCACGCAGCUGGGCGACGACUCGCUCCUGCUCUCGGCGGUGACGCACGCGCCGGCGGGCGGCGGCUACCUCUUCCAGCUCCGGUUCGCGUGCGCGGGCGGGCCCGCCGCCGCCGGCCGCGCCUUCUGGCUCUCCGCCCCGCCCUCGGACGUGCUGACCAAGCACGGGUACGCAGACCAAGUGGCGGGCGCAAAGCUCGGCCGGCUGCGUCUCGCUCGGUUCGACGCGGCGCGCGAGGGGGGCGACGGGCUGGUGCGGCAGCUGCUCGUCCUCGGCGGCGAGGGAGACCGCCUCUCCGCCCUCGAGGCGCGCACCUCCUUCGGCGCGGGCGAGAUCGAGACGGAGGAGGUGCCUCUCUCGGCAAGCCGCUCGCGCAUCUACUCCAUCUUUGGCGGCGGCGGAGGCGGCGCGGGGUCGGGGGCGCCGCUGGUGGACGUCGCCCUCGUCGGCGCUCCCGCCGCGGCCGCCGCCGACGACGCCGACUCCCCCUCCGCCAUCGCGCUCUACACCGACGGCCGCCUCGGCUGCUGGCGGCUUCAGGGCGCGCGCACGGGCGGCGAGGCGCCGGCCGCCACCGCAGUCAGCCUGCAGGCGCCGCCGCAGCUGCAAGGCGGUUCGGCGGGCGCGGGCGCGGCGGGCGCGGCACUCGCCACGUGGCGGGGCGAGGACGGCGUCGCCGUCGCGGUUGCGAGCCCGCAGCACCCUUCCAUCUUUGUGUCUGUCCGUGCGGCGCUGGGAGACGAGGAGCAGCGCCUCGCCGCCGAGGCGUUCGCCGCGAUGAACUGGAGGGAGUGCCGUCGCCCCGACGCCGCCCCCGCCCGCGCGCGGCUGCUCCGGCUCGCCCUGGCGCGCGACAGUCCCGGAGGGGCGUCCCUCGCCCUGUGCGCGCUGUACGGAGGGGUGCCGCCGAGCGCGGAGGGGCCGGAGCAGCCGCCGUCGCUCUUCUACGCCUGCGUCCCGCUCGCCGAGGCGGCGCCUCCCGGCGAUUGGUGCCGCGCGAGGCUGCUCUGCGACGCACACCCCGCGCCGCCGCUGCGGCUCGACGGUGUGGAGCGCCGGCUGGACGAGCUCGAGGCGAGCUCGGCCGCGCUGGCGGCUGCGGCUGGGCGGCCACCGCCGCCCCGCGAAGAGUCUGAGCUAGUGUUGGCCGAGCAGUUGCUCGACACGUGCGUGCAGCGCAAGCGCGAGCAGGCCGAGAUCCUCGGGCUGCAGCCUCUCUGCCCCGAGGUGGCGGGCGCGCCGCUCGCGCUCCUCUCCCGCUCGGGGCUGACCCUCCUCCUCGCGCUGCCCGAGGGCGACCCGCGCGAGAUCGCCUCCUGCAGAGACCUCCUUGACCUCCUCCUCGACGUCGGCGUCGACUGCGGCGUCGGCGACGGCGUCGAGGCGCUGUGCCAGAGCCCGCACCCUGGCGUGCCCCCCACCGCGGCGCUGAUCGAGGCGGCGCGCUGCGCCCUCGCGCGGGCGCCCGCGGGCGCGAUCGCCGGCUCCAUCGCGGCGGCUGAGCCUCAGCCGCCGCUGCUGCCGACGGCGGCGGCGCUGCUCAGCUCGCUCACUCAGCUGCGCUGGACGUCGCUCAACGAUUGGGACUUCAUCGACCCGGAGCUGAUCGCGCAAGCGUGGUUCGGCCAGCUCUGGAGCGCGCCCGGGUGGCGGGCGGGCGACGCCACCGGCGCCGCCGUCGCUGCCGCCGCCGACUCGCGCCGCGCGGUCGCGCACGCUGUCGCGGCGAGCGCGGCGCGGCUGGCAGAGCGCGGCUCGCUGCUCUGCGUGCACUUGCUGCUGCUGCUGCUGCACGAGGGCGUCGACGGGGGCGGCGACACGGCGGGCCUGCUGGCGGCCGGCGGCGACCAGGCAGCCGGCGGGGACCCCGCCUCCCCCGCCGGCCUCGCGGGCCGGAGCUUGCUCGAGGUUGCCAUUCGCGCCGCCGCCCUCCCCGGCCAGCUCGACCGCGUCGUCGGCGACCACGUGACGCCGAUCGGCGACGCCUGCACCGUCGCCGCAUGCGCUCUCCUCGUCUUCGUCCUCAACGACGUGCGGAUCGCCGAGGGAGACACGGGCCCGCUGCGGGCGGAGGUGCCCGCCGCCCUCUCCCUCCUCCUCGCGCGCGCGAGCUGCUGGGCGCCCCUCGCCGCCUACCUCCGCCGCCUCGGCGCGCCGCCCGGCCACACGGCGCCGGCCGGCGGGGCGGCGCCGGCCGGGCCGCCCACCGCCGCCGGCUCGCCGCUCCACGUCUACCUCGGCGGCGAGACGCUGCUGCGUGAGGGGCGCUACGCGGCCGCGGCGCGCGCCUUCGAGGGCGCGAUGCGAGGCGCGGAGGCGAGCCGCACUUCGUCGCUGCGCGAGCUCAAUCGCGCAGUCGGGGCGCCGCUCGAGUCUGCAGCCGAGCGGGACGAGUGGGCUCGGUACGAGUACCUCGCGGCGGCCUACGCCGGGCUUCACGUCGUGGCCUUCAAGGACUCGCUCAACCUCGGCCGGCUCGCGGAUGCGCAUGAGGCGGCCGCCGCUCCCCUGCAACCGCUCCCCGGCCGCCGCCCCGCUGUACUCACCGACCUGCACGGCUGCGCUAGCUCUGCCCACCGCCGCGUCGACAAGGAGGCGGAGAAGGUCUACCUCGAGCGCCGCGCAGACUGCUUCAACACACUCGUGUCGGUGCUCCACGCGCGCGAGCUGCGCUCCGAGCUCUUCCUCGCCCUCCGGCGGCACGCGCCCGCCUCGGACGUGCACGGCGCGGCCGGCCCCAACGCCUACGAGCUCCUCUACGCGCUGCAGCUCCAAUACGGCGACUACGGCGGCGCCGCCAGGUCGAUGUUUGAGCUGUCGGCGCGGCUCGAAAACGACGUCGCCGCCGCCGCCGCCGGCGGGGGCGCCCUGCACGCGCCCGAUCUCGCCGGCGCGCUCUCGAGGCGGGCGGCGGCGCUGUCGGGCUGUAUCGUCGCGCUCGAGCAGCGGCCGCCCGAGGCGCGCUACGUGCUCGAGGCCGCCGAUCCCCCCGCCGAGGCGGCGGGGGCGGCCGGCGCCUUUGGAGACGGCUCGUCGCGGCUGCCGCCGGGCGGGGCGGGGCGGCUCGUCUUCGCGGCGUACGACGGCGACGGGCGCCUCGACAUCCGCGCAGAGCCGACCGAGGGCGCCCUCGCCGCGAGCCGCGCGGCGGCGGCCCGCCCUUGCCCGCUCGAGCGGCCGGUGCAGCUGUCCGAGCUCCGGCAGCGGCGCCAGGCGGCGCUCGGGCGCGCGGCGCUGUUGCGCAGCUUGGGCGGCGAGGCGGCGGCGCACGCCGGCGCCAUCGCGCAGGCGCCGGUGCCGCUGCUGCUCGACGGGCUGCUGCGGCAGGGCUUGUUUGACGACGCCACCGCGCUCGCCGUCGCGUACGCGACGCGGCUGCGGCGCCAUCCCGCGCUCGACGGUUCACUUGGUGAGCCGUCGAGCGCCGCCCGCCCCUCGGGGCUGCCGUACGUGGGCGCCGAGCUCGCGCGGCGCGCGUGCGCGCUCGCGUCGGAGGGGCGGCCCGACGCAGCCGCCAUAGCGUGGCGCAAGCUGCACGAGCUUCUCCUCGCGCACGACGGCGCCGCAAACAAUUUUAGCCUCAGCGCCGCCGCCGUGCACGCUGCGCUCGCCGCGGCGCCCGCCGAGGCGCUGCCCUCGUGGCUCGUCGCGUACUUUGGAGCGGCGCCGCCGCACCUCGCCGGCGACCCCGCGGCGCCGAUCGAGCUCGAGGUGAGCGAGGUGGGAGGCGCGUCGGGCGACCCGAGGCAGGCGCACCGCGACGCGGUGAGCGAGGUUGAGAAGGUGCUCGCAGACUUCCCGGCGACGAACGCGGCGCUGCACGUCCGCGGCGUGCUCGGCUGCGGCGGCGACGCGCACGUCCGCAUCGUCCACGGCGGCGAGCCCGCCGCGCUCGAGCGCGCGCACGUCCUGCAGGCGGCCCUCUGCGACACAGACCCCGACCUGGAGCUGACGCGCCCGUGUGCGUGCACCCCGCUGCGGCGCAACCCGGCGGCGCUCUGCAGGGCGCUGCUGCGGCACGAGCGCACGCAGCUCGCCGCCUUGCUGCGCCAGCUGCGGCUGGGCUGCGAAGCAGCGGUGCGCACCCCCGCCGACCGCGCGGCGCGCUGGCCGACGCCAGGCUUGAUCGACGACGUGUUCGCCGCCGUCGCGGCGCGGCAGGGAGUCGCUCCGGCCGAGGUCUCGGCGGAGCGCGGCGUGCCCGGCGACGCCGCCGCCACCGCGGAGCUGCCGCGCUGCGUCGAGGCGGUGGACCAGUACCUCGACAUGGACGCGGCGAUGGCCGUCGCCGCGGAAGUCUCCACCCCACAGUACGCCCGCGAGGCGGACUGGAAGCGGCCGCGCGUCGUCGGGAGCGACGGCGUCUUUCUGCAGCUGCUCGAGGCGGCGACGCGCGGCUGAGUGGCGACGCACGGGACGCCGCAGCGAGGCCGGCGCUGGGGAGAAGCGCGGGAGGGCGCAGAGAGGGGCCGAGCCACGACAGUGGGUCGACCUAGCAAGUGACCCAGAAGAGUAACGCAGGUGUUGAGAAGUGCAUGCCACGUACGGCAUGUGAGCAGAGCGGUCCUUUACCCCGCGCGCUCGUAUUCAAACAUUAUGGUUCUGCAACAAAAAA